AUGUACCGGGCAGUGUCAGACGAAGUUUACCCGCCCCUGAACACGAACAUGGCCAGCUUGGCGGGGGUGCUCUGGUAUCUCCACCAUGAAGUGGUCAUCCAAGCGCCCCGCAAGUUCCAAAUCUCACGGAUACUGCGAUACAAGGUGCAAAUGCGGGCCACUGCGCCGCUGCUUCGGCUUGGAAUGCACUUUGGGGUGCGGCUGGCCUAUGACAAGGGCCAGGCCACUGGCCCAUUUGUCUGUGGGCGCACCAAUGUCACGAACAAGAACGGAACGACAGAAGGCUUCAAGCCAAAGUUUUGUGGCGAUGGUGCUUUCCAGGAUAAGUACCUCCCGGAUCUCAAGCCUUACAAGAACGAGUAUGAGUAUUCUGCAUACGGCUACAACAUUGGCUGCAACAAGCUCGGCGAGUAUCCCUUCCCCAUGCACCCAGUGUACUAUCCGAACGCGAUCUGGUACACCAUGCCGGGUGCUUGCCCGAAUAACCUGUAUUACAACAAGGACAACUCCUGCCAAGCCAGCCAGCCAGGUGGCUAUUGCCCAGGCAUCGAGCCGAACGGCAACGGGACAUGCACCUGGAACUAUGAAGAAGCAGGUGAGAUUGACCUCAACGAGUUGGUGGGAGUCCAGAACUAUGACUCUUGGAGGUGGAACCACCGGGAGUAUGACCCGGAAACGGAUGAAGGUGUCAAAUUCAGUUGGUGGAAUGGUAUCAACAAUACCGCUGCGAAUGAGGAGCGGGUGCGACAAGCUGCCGAACUCUUCGACAGGAGGUAUCCAUACAUGCCGACAGUUGCCGAGCUGAUGAAUCCUCCUUGCGACUUUGAUUUCGGCUACUUUUACAAGGAGUGGUACCGGAAGGACGGCUAUAGCGGGCCGUGCGGACCUCCCAAUGCACGCUGCAAAGGCGGCAUUGGCUGGGUUCGCCACGAAGGCAUUCCGCAGCAUCCAAAGUGGUACAUGCCCCUCACCAACUCUGCAAGUGAUGAUGACAUCCAACGACUGCUUUACCAGCUAGGAAAGAAUGAGUGCCUGCGUCCGUGCGAGAAUGGUGAGAAGCCAACAAUUGCUGCAACCAGUACGGAGACACCAUGA